GAAAGCGUAAAAUGCGACGUGUUGACGUCAUCGGAGGGGCGCCAAAUCUGCAACAGCACGAAGUGGAGAGGAGUCCGAAAGGCAUCAGUCAUGGAUCUUGGCCCCUUUGAUGCAGAUAACUCUGUCAGCUGCAGACUAUCCUCUCACAUCCCCGAUGUCUGCAAGACCGAGGACUGCUGUUUGGGUAUCGACGAGGCAGGCAGAGGACCUGUGCUAGGCCCGAUGGUGUAUGGAAUAUGUUUCUGUCCCGUUUCGAAGAAGGAUGAUCUGAAGGACUUGAAAGUGGCAGACUCCAAGACUCUGACAGAAACAGAAAGAGAAAAUCUCUUCCAAAAACUGGAUGAAGCCAGGAGCUACAUUGGCUGGGCUCUGCAGAUUCUCUCCCCUAACACCAUCUCUACCAGCAUGUUACAGAGGUCAAAAUACAACCUAAACGCACUGUCACAUGAUACAGCGAUUGGUCUAGUACAGUAUGCCUUGGAUAGUGGAGUACAGCUGACAGAGGUUUUUGUGGACACAGUAGGCCCUGCAGAGAAGUAUGAAGAAAAGCUCUCCCAGCUCUUCCCAGGUGUUAAGGUUACAGUGAGGCCAAAGGCUGACUCGCUUUUCCCUGUUGUUAGUGCAGCCAGUAUCUGUGCAAAGGUGGCCAGGGACCGGGUUGUAAAAGGCUGGAACUUUGCUGAACAACUUGGGGAAGUGGACUCCGACUAUGGCUCAGGAUACCCAAAUGACCCAAAGACUAAAGCGUGGCUGCUGAAGUAUCUGGACCCAGUAUUUGGCUACCCACAGUUUGUUCGCUUCAGCUGGAGCACUGCCCAAACCCUAAUGGACAGCAAAUCUGUGACAGUCCACUGGGACGACGAUGAUGAGGAUGGAGAAAAGGCUGCACAGCGGCAGAACAACAGGUCCAUGUUGUCGUACUUCAGUGCUUCAUCUGGGGCAAACGACCAAACCCCAGCUCACCAGCCUCACCGCUUCUUUACUGAUCGGAGACUGAAAAGUCUUGACGCACUGUAAAGAUCACACAUUACAUGACACACACAGUAUAUCCCAGUAUGUCCCACUGUGGGAUUUUCAUGCACAGCAAAGCAGGUCAGUUUUGGAUACAGAUGUGAAUGGACUAUGUCGGUGGUGGGAUGUUGUAUCACCAAUGCAAACUGUCUUUUUGUUAUGUUUGGUUUUGUAUAUAAAUAUAUUUUUAAACUGUAUUCUUUCUCAGAGCCUUUAUUUAACUUUGUUGCAUGUUUUGUGUGCAGAAAAAAAGCCUCAUAGUUUGACUUUAAUUACAAUGCUGCCCUCUAGUGGCAGUUUGACGAUAUACAUCUGGGGUUUCACAAGCAUCAUCAGUGACCCAUAAGGGAUCAUUAGCUCUAGCAUUUCCACAGUGUGGAAUUUAGAGAAAUACACAAUAAACACAAAAAUAUAACAGCAAAUAUGUCUGACAGAAUUAAACUACCAGUCUCUUAGAUAUCAGUUUUAUUCUCUUUGGUGGCUCCUAUUGGUGAAAAGUGGUAAUUUGUUUUUUAACUGCACUUUAUAGAGGUGGUCCAGUGUGAUGUCAUCCAGUCUGUCAGCAAUUAAAGUGUUUGGUUUGUCCAGGUGUUCAGUUUUUCCCACAGAAUUAGAUGUUAGGCAACACACAGUGAUGGUCCACAGUGGGACUGACUGACUUAACUUG